ACAGUGAACUGCUUUCCCAUUGUACCAGCGCUCAAUAGCUAAGAUGCUCGAAUAUGAAUUGGCAGUAAAAUAACCAUGAAGAGAUCUCAUAAUUUCGGGCCACAGAGAACGCUUUUAGCGAAAGUUUGCACGGUCGUCGAUGAUAUAGUACGCAGAAAGGAGGAUAGUCCGUGAAAAAUGAGUCUGAGCGUAAUAUAUGAAAGAUUAAAGCGGGAGGUGUAGAAUGUGCAGAAUAUGGACCGGGGAGCCCCAUUCGAUCAUUCUGGAGCUAGUUUCGUAUGACGAUGAGUUGCUAGCAUUGGUAACUAGCGCGAAGUUCCAAACAGCUGCAUAUUACUCUCAUGUGGUACAAAUGAACGAGACGUGUAGCAAUGGCAGAUUACCGGUGAAUAACCCAUUGGGCCAAUCUCAACAUAUUAGUCCUCCUAUGUACACGCAAACCUCCUGCCUUUGAUGAAGACGAGUGUUUUGAAUUUUGGGAGGC